UGAGUCUCGCUCCUCACCUCUCCUGAGUCCAAAUCCUCUCUCCCGACACCAUGGGCUGCUGUGGUUGUGGAAGUUGCGGCGGCUGCGGCGGGGGCUGCGGCGGCGGCUGCGGCGGGGGCUGCGGCGGCGGCUGCGGCGGCUGCAGCGGCGGCGGCUGCGGCGGCUGCAGCAGCUGCAGGUGCUACCGGGUGGGCUGCUGCACCAGCUGCUGCCCCUGCUGCUACGGCUGCUGCGGGGGCUGCUGCAGCGUCCCCGUGGUCUGCUGCCACCGCCGCACCUGCAGCUGCAACUCGUGUGGCUGCGGCGGUGGGAAGGGCUGCUGCCAGCAGAAGUGCUGCUGCCACAAGCAGUGCUGCCACUGAGUGAGCUGGUCUGCAGGUGCUGCUGGGCGUCUGCUUGCUCCCACUGCGCAGGCAGAGGGAGCACUGCCUCCAUCCAUCUGUCCGCUCUGCACGGUCUCUCUGCCACUUGAGCUUCCUAGGAAUUUUCUCUUUGGUUGUGUAUAUCAUACUCUGAGGCUUCAGUGAUUCUUCACUUCUUGAGGGUGAUGGCAGGACAUCGUAUACAAUGACAUCCAGUGGGGAAAGAUGGAGUUGCUUCUUCAUCAGUAGCUGCAGCGCUUGGCAGGUGCUGAGAAUAUGGCAGUUGUAGAGACCAACCUCCCUCAAUUCAAUCUUGUCUGCUUCUCCCAGAUCUGUUACCCUGCUGUGUAGGAUUUAGACUCUGUGUUGGGACUUUGUUUUAGUAUCUUCUCUUUUUGCUUUGAGCAGUUCAAGCCUUCAUACCUUUAAAGUGUUUAAACCCACGGGA